UUGAACUGGCUGUCUUAGCUGGACUUAGCCCGCUGCUUGGCCCAUAGGAAAUGCUUCACAACUGUGUUUUGAGUGGCUGGCUGAUUGUCUGGAGGAAAGAGUUUCAGUAGAAGCAGAAGCAUCAUGUUGGCUGUGUACUUUGACCAGCCCGGGGACCCCAGCAACCUUUACCUGAAAGAGGUGGCCAAGCCUGAACCUGGCCCAGGAGAAGUCCUUCUGAAGGUGGCUGCCAGUGCCCUGAACAGGGCAGACGUGCUGCAGCGCCGUGGCCAGUACCACCCACCUGAGGGAGCCAGCAACAUCCUGGGCCUGGAGAUGUCUGGUCACGUGGCCAAAAUUGGCCCGAGCUGUCAGGGGCCGUGGAAAGAAGGACAACCGGCGAUGGCUCUGCUUGCUGGGGGCGGCCAGGCAGAGUACGCCGUGGUCCCCGAAGGGUACCUCAUGCCUAUUCCCAACGGACUGACUCUCACCCAGGCAGCCGCCAUACCCGAGGCCUGGCUCACGGCCUUCCAGUUGCUCCACCUUGUAGGCCAAGUGAAGGCUGGGGAGACUGUGCUGAUACACGCAGGAUCCAGUGGCGUGGGCACAGCCGCCGUGCAGCUGGCCCGCCUGGCUGGCGCCAUUCCUUUGAUCACUGCUGGGGACCAGGACAAAAUUGAGGCAGUGAAAAAGCUUGGGGCUGCUGCAGGCUUCAACUACAAGGAAGAGGAUUUUUCAGCUGCAACACUGGAGUUUACUAAAGGUGCUGGAGCCAAUGUCAUUCUGGACUGUAUCGGUGGGUCCUACUGGGAGAAGAACGUGGCUUGCCUGGCCCUGGAUGGCCGAUGGGUGCUGUACGGCCUGCUAGGUGGGGCCGAGGUCCACGGGGAGCUUCUCUCCAAGCUCCUGGCUAAGCGAGGGAACCUCUUCACGAGUCUGCUGAGAUCCCGGGACAAGAAGUACAAAGCAGAGCUGGUGUCUGCCUUCACCCAGCAGAUCCUGCCUCACUUUGCCCAGGACAAGCCCGGGGCCCUGAGGCCUGUAGUGGACAGCGUCUACCCCCUGAAGCAGGUGGCAGAAGCCCACGAGUACAUGGAGCAGAAUAAGAACCUGGGCAAGAUCGUUCUGGAGGUGGCCUCCGGGCUUGGGGCACAAUAAACAAUCUUGCUCCCCCGAAA